UUGAACGUCGCGAACGCCGCCGCUAUCAAAAUUGUCGCUACCAAAGUCGCGACAACUAGCAAUCUGAAACCAUCAACUAGCAACUAGCAACACUAAAUUCACAAUCCCAAUCAAAAUCAAACUAAAUUACCUAUUACAAUCUGUCAAAGGAAUUCCAACCGUGCCACAUUUCUUAUUCAUUAGUAUUUUUUUGUAAUUUUUUAUUGUGCGUGCAUUGGCAUAAACGAUUUGAGUUCGGAACUGUGCCAGCUGGCGGCAUCAAAAGCUGGAGGAGGUGCUAAUCCCAUAAGGAGCACAAUAAAAUCGGCGAAAGUUGCAGAAUGCAUUCCACGGCAUGCGGCGUAGGUGCCUCGGCCACAAACCUCUCAACUCUGCAAACCAGCAGCUCCAUCACCAUCCCACCAGCAUCAGCAGGACAAGGAACAGGAACGGGAACGGGAUCAGGAGCGGGAGCAGCAGCGGAUGCCCACAAAAUGGUGCACCACAGCAACGAGGAUGCCAUGAACAAGAUUCCACUGAAGUCCGCCGGCGGCUUGGACUCCGACGAGGAGAAGAAUGGCGGGGAGCUCAUGCAGGACACCGCCGCCGCCGAGGAGGCGCGUCGCGAGCAGAUGCGUGUCAAAGUUUUGGCCUGGAUGAAGAAGCUGACCAUCGUGCUGAUCUGUUUUAUUGGCAUUGCCCUGAUCAGCUACGUGAUCAUAAGCCUGUGUUUCAGUGACUGGCCAAAAUCGACGCCAAAUAGAAACAUCACAACAACAACAACAACAGCGACAACGACAACAUCAACAAGCACAGAGGCAACAACAACAGCAGCAAAAGCAACAGCAACAGAAAUUGCAAUUGCAACAGCAGCAGCAACAGAAAUUGCAAGUAGUCUAGCACCGUUAUCACCGGCAACAGCAGCAACAAUUGCACCAUCUGCAACUGCAACAACAAUAAGCACCACCACCUCCACCACCACCACCACCACAACAACAAGAACAACAGCAACAAGUACACCACAACCACCACCAACAACAACAACAACAACAAGCAGAACAGAUAGCAAUCCCAGCCCCACACUUAAAACAUUUCAUUUAACAGAUGAGCAGCAGCAACAGGAAGUGGAAACGGAAAGUAUUGGCAACCUGAACCAAGGAUCCUCGUCGAACACGGCCAGCACUCCGGCGGAGGACGCCCUGCCCAAUGUGGUCGCCUCCACGGCGGCAACCACUGCGGGACCACCCGCCUGGCUGGCAAACCAGAUCAAAAUCGACACCAGCGAGCAGUUCGAGUCGGUCCUCGGUGUGUACCAACAUGGAGCAGUGAGCUCCGACAACCUCGAGUGCAGCAAGAUCGGAAGCGGAAUCCUUCAGAAAAAUGGCAGCGCGGUGGACGCGGCGAUCGCAGCGCUCCUUUGCAACGGACUGCUGACCCUUCAGAGCCUGGGCAUCGGCGGUGGCCACCUGAUGAACGUGUAUAACCGGAAGGAGCGGCACGCCACCACCAUCGAUGCCCGCGAGGUGGCACCGUAUGCCUCCGAGGGAGACAUGUUCGCCCAGGAGCCGGAAAAGUCGUACAAGGGACCGCUGAGCAUCGGUGUGCCCGGCGAGGCGAUGGGUUACCAUGUGGCGCACCAGAGAUUCGGCAAACUUCCGUGGGCGGACCUGGUGGCACCAUCGCUGGAGCUCUGUGAGAAGGGAUACCAUGUGUCGCAGCACAUGGAACGGUCUCUGGCAGCUGCACUGCCGUACAUCAAGGAACAUGAGCAGUAUCAGAUCUAUCUAAAUGCGAAGACGGGCAAGCCGCAUGUGGCCGGAACGGUGGUGAAGCCGCCAAAGAAUCUCUGCAAUACGUACAAACUUCUUGCCGAGAACGGACCCAUGGACCUGUACAAUGGAACGGCGGCCAAGUUGCUGGCCAAGGAUCUGGAGGACAUGGGCAGCAUUAUUUCGUCCGAUGAUCUUGAGUUCUACGAGGCCGAUGUGAUCGAUUCCAUCACCAUGGACUUGGGCGAGGAUACCCUGUAUGUGGCACCACCGGUCAGUUCCGGUUCGUUGGUGGCCCACGUCUUGAGCAUUUUGCAGGGCUAUAACUUUUCGAAUCAGGAUCUGGCCACCGAGGAGUUGAGGGCCCGCACCAUCCACCGAUUUGCCGAGGCCAUGAAGUUCGCCUUCGCCAAGCGCUCGGAACUGGGCGACAUGCAUUUCGUUGAUGCCCGAGAGCUGGUCAGCAAGCUGAAUAGUCGCGAGUUUGGCGAAGAGAACCGGGCCAAGAUCAACGACUCCCAUGUCCUGCCCAAUCACCAGUCGUACGGUGCCGAGUUCGGCUCCAUCGAGGACCCCGAUGGCACAUCGCAUCUAUGUGUUUUGGCACCCAACGGGGAUGCCGUCUCGGUGACCAGCUCCAUUAAUUCCUAUUUUGGCUCCGGACUGAUUGGCACACGUACGGGCAUCGUGCUGAACAAUGGAAUGAACGACUUUGCCGUGGCGAACAACUUUUUCGGGCUGCCGCCGUCGCCGGCCAAUGUGAUUGAGGGCCACAAGCGGGCGAUGUCCUCGCAAUCGCCAGUCCUGCUGGCGGACAGUCUGGGCAACAUCCGAAUGGUGAUCGGAGCGGCCGGAGGCAGCAAGAUCAUUCCCGCCGUGGUGGAGGUGGCCGCCAAUGUGCUGUGGUUCGACCAAGAUCUGCGGAAGGCGGUCACUGCACCCCGGUUCUACCAUCAGCUGCUGCCCGAUGUGCUGGAAUACGAGGAGGGUGGCUUCUCGGAGUCCCUGCUGCAGCUGCUGGCCCAGCGGGGUCACACGUUGAAGGCCAUCUCCAGGCUCGCGGGAUCGGUGGUCACGGCCAUUUCGCGGAAUGCCACGGCCAUCUAUGCGAAUGCCGACUAUCGCAAGCGCGGCGGAGUUGCAGGGUUCUAGGAUGUGCACGCAGUUCACUAACUCAUCAAUCAACCCACUCACUUACCACUCACCCAUACGUCGCACGCACACACACACACUCUCACACACAGACUCACACACACCCACGCACUGCAUUGAGAUUAGAGAACAGGAUCGGCCCGAAAAGAGAGCAAUUUCCAUGGAACGCGAGCAAAUUAAUGGGCAGGCCUGCUGAAGCAGAUCGAUUCGCAUCAAUGGAAAAGUAUUUAAGCUAGCUAUGUCUUUUUUACAUACUAUGUAUAUCGUACGUUAUAUAAAUUUAUAUGCUACUACCUAACUACUACCUUAUACAAUAAAAACCAACAGAAAACCAA